AUGCACCGCGAAUACGAAAAGUCGCUCGCGAAAGCAGCCCAAGCGCCCGAUGAUCGGUACCUUGUCCUCGCGCGGCGGGUCGUGGAGACCGUGCACGAGGUGCUAGGCUCCACACGCGACGGCAAGGCACGGCUGCCCGGCGCGACGGCGGAGAACCCGCUCGGCGGCGGGCUGCGCAUCGGGAAGAUGGACGAGCGCGGCCCGGACGCGGACGGCCAGUACCACCAUUACCUGACAGUGUGGAUGUUUGCGCUGAACCGGCUGUCGCUGGCGACGGGGGAUCCGGCGUACAACGAGCAGGCAGUGGCGCUGGCCAAGGCGAUCCACCCGCCGUUCUUUGUGAACCGUGAGUCUGCGCGGCCGCGGAUGGUCUGGAAGAUGGCGAUGGAUUUGUCGGCGCCGCUGGUGGCUUCCGAGGGAAAAUUUGGACCCCAUUGA